GAUCGAUCAGGGAAAAAAACUUAAACAGCUGAUCAAAUCAUUGCAACAAAGGUCUUGACGUCGAGAACUGACAACUGGCAAAUUUUGCCAUAAAUUUACGAUCUCCCUUGAUUUUGCUUGGACUUGUUCAUAUUUGUGUAAAUGUGAAAAAUAGUAACCGAUCAGAUGGUGCCAUGAAGCAAGAACACUGUUUUUCUGGGACGAUUUGUCGGCCAGGCAAACGGAAUGAAAGUGAAAAGCUGCUAGAAAACUACCGUGAUUUGUGUGUGUCACACUCACAGCUGUAUUCUUGACCCGAGCAACAACAAUGGCAAAUGUCGAGAUACAAGACAUCAUCUUAAUGAUCGUGUCUUUCCUAACUUCGCUGGCGGUGGUGCUCAUCUUUAUAGUUGUUGGUUGGUACAUUGUGUGGGUGGCCUUCCUCUCUCGUUUCAAACUGAUGAGGGAGCUCUUGUCGGUCAACGAUGAGGAAACGUCAAAAGACAAGGAAGCCAAGAGCUUGGCAUCAUCAUCAUCAUCAUCGGCGAGCUCAGAGAGGAAAGGAAGACAGCAUGUGACUAGCCAGAGGACGUAGCAAAGAAGGACCAUCGGUCACUCAGACUCUUGCCCUAUCCGAAGGCAUUGUUGACUGAACUUGUGAAGAAAAUGGAGACUUUGUGAAGCAUUAUGGGUAGUUCACUUGCAGUGCGCUACGCAGCCCCUCCAAAAUGGCUGCAGUGCAAAGGGCCUAUGUUGGGUUAGUGAUGCUCAAAUGGACUAACUGGACAUGCAUGCAUGCUAACCACAUUACCCAAUACAUUAUGUGAAUAGUCCAGACAGUGACCUCUACUUUUAUUGUGGUUCUACAUGAGGGUACAUGAACAUUUACAUUUUUGUAUUGUGAAGGUGAACAGCGCCCUCUCUUGGUUAGGUUAUGCAAGUAACUUAAAAGUGUUCAUGGUCUGCAUGGAUUUUUUUUCUGCAUGAUUUACAGUGAAAUCUUGAUAAGUCAAACCUCAAGGGAACAGGU